GACUUUAACCUGGCGGCUUUCUUGAAUUUCAGCGAUUUAUCCUGAAAAGCAUGUAGUGAAUUCUUCUGAUUGCGAAUUAUAACUUGCAUCUUAUAUUUUGUAAUGAACAAUAACAAAACACACUCAUAAUGAUGCAUUUCUCUCCAUAAUAUGUCUUUAGAAAGCAUGGAAUGUAAUGACACGUGUGGAGUAUUCCCCCCUAGAAAGAUAUGUUUAGAUCAAAACUCUGAGCAUUUCUCGCUGGAGGAGCUUGGACAGAUACUUAGUUUAUGCUCUUAUAGUCAUGAUCUCGGAGUCGUUAAUCAGGAACUGGAUUUGCUAGAUGAUAUAUGUACGAGUUAUAUCCCGGAUAAAAUUGCCGGAUUUACAAAUGGACAACAACUUACUUCCUGUAAUUUUGCACGUGUUGCGGAUUUUACACCCGGUACUCACUCCAUUUUUAUUCCACAUCCCAGAGAAAAUAAAAUUGUGCAAGAUACUCAGGUUUCUGAGGAAUGUAAAUUACCACCUAAGAAUGAAGCUGUUCCUUCCUGCCAGGAAAUCGUACUAGAUGCUAAACGAGAGGCUUCUGUUUUGCAACAAGUAUCAAGACUCCAUAAAAAGGGUCUGUGGUCGUCUGAUCGUUUACCAAAAGUUAUGGAGCCGAAAUGUGGAAGACUUCACUACACGCAUCUCCUAAAUGAGGCGAUUUGGUUGUCAGUUGAUUUUCAUGAAGAAAUAAAGUGGAAGAAAUAUAUGGCAAGUAAGCUGGCUCGAGCCGCACAACUUUACCUUAUUACGCGCCAUGAAUGGAAUCGACAGCUUCAGUGUUUUGAAGAGCAGCUAAGAAUGGGAAAUGCUGCUCGUGUGGCAAAGAUGAUCAAAGAUUGGUGGGGCAACGUAGGCCAAGACUUGGAUCUUGUAAGUUUAAAAACUUCACAGAGACGUUGGGAUUAUGCCUAUAAAGUGAACCAACAUUCUAUAACUCACUUCUCUGAUAUGGGUCCAAGCUGGUUAGCUUCUGUAAAUUUUGACCUAGAAGAUGCAGGUUUUCACGAAUCUUCAGAUACGUCACAUAAUCUGGAUGAUGAAAGAAUCAUGCAAUAUAUUGGCGGCGAUGGAGAUAUUGAUGACAAAGAUUGGAAGCCAGAUAUAGAAGAUGAAAGCUCUACUGGACCACAUAGUUGUAGCCGGUCAACUAGCAGUAGUCUGGCUGCCAGUUUUGUGGAUGAUAGUGAUAUGAGUGGUUUUGGAGUCGCUGUUUAUUCACCUACCGAUCCUUUAUCUCCAGAAAUCAACUUGGCUUCGUGUGCCAGAGCUUGCAAUCAAGUGAGCAAACAUCGUGGAUCAGACAGAAGACGAAAGAGUCAAAGCGAGCAUUCAUAUACUUCCGACUGUGGACAUUGGGAAGAUGCUUCUGAAGAGACUCAUGGCAUUACUUCAGAAGCUAGGGUAAAUUCAAAUUCACCAGAGUCGUGCGACCAAAGUGUUGAAAGUAAUGAGGUGCAAGGUUUAAUAUCUGACAUGGAAGUUCCAUUGAAUCGCUUUCUUGAACCCUAUAUUAAUCAAGGAUGGUGCAUCAAAAAUAGAGUCACAUCUAGGUCCGGAUAUCGUUCUUCAGAUUCGGAUAUUUCAAACUGUGAACGUGAUUGUUGCUCUUUCGAUAUGGUUUCUCAUCAUGUUCAGAAAGAAAUAUCACUUCUUCAGAAUGAAGCGGACAUGCCUUUAAAUCAAAUACUUCCUAGUGGUUACAUAGAUUUCCUUUCUAACAUUGAUGAGCAAAAAUGUUCUACUGUGUAUAAUCAACUUGAUUCAAAAAGUAAUCAUCAUAUGAGUGGAUCAUCCAAAAUUGGUAGCAAAACAGAUGGGGAUGAUGGUGGUUCUUUAUCUGCCAUAAACAAUACUUUAUGCUCGGAUAAUGGUGAUGGGGAUCUCAUGCAACUUGAUUCGGUUAGCUCUAAAUCUUCUGGAGUAUCAUCUUUGACAGAUCAUGACCACAGUGAGUGUGACAACUUACCGUCAUCGAAAAGUUCAUUUCAUAUGAAUUCCCAUACAGUUCUUGCACCUUGGUAUUCUUCCCCCCCGCCCUCUACAUCUAGUCGAUUGGCAGACCUACAUGCAGCAGCACUAGAAUUACUCCCUCUAAAAUUAGUAUCAAUGACAAGUACUGGUUCAUCUCGUCUUAUUCCUGAAGUCUGUACUCUUCCCUAUAGUCCAACGCUUCGAAUCCCUUGUCUUCCAACUCCUAGUCUUGGUGCAGCUGUCACCUGGAUGCGACAUGCUUUUGCACGGUGCGUUCCAGUGCUCUUACUAACUAAUAGUCAUUUGUCUGGUGAUGCUGAAUUGGCUGUGGCUGCACAUCUCGGACAACUUUCAGUCGUUGAUCCUCGACAUUAUUUACUUUCAGAAUCGUCUGGUGAAAUUUGUAAUAAUACAGUCACGGGUGUGUGGGGUCCUCAUUUAAUCGUAACUCCAUGUUUAUGCCUGCCGGCUUGGCGGAGGCGUUUACAAAUGUGGUGCCCUGGUUUUCGUGUUGUAUGUUUGGGUCUUGGUCGCAGAAGUGAACGAUGUGGUACUGGACAUCGCCUUCGUGACAGUGUAGCUCGGGGUUCUGUAAAUAUUUGUUUGAUUAGUUAUACUGCUUUACGCUUAAAACCCAGUCGUUUCACACGGAUUCAGUGGAGUUCAGUCAUUUUUGACCAGAUUCACCAUAUUAUCUUACAGUCUUACAAAUCCAUUAAUCUGGUUCAUUCAGAUUCUACUAAUCGUCAGCCAGCUAUCAGUAAGGCGAGUUCUCGGGAUCACGACACCAAAAACGCACCAGUUUAUUGUGAAACUGAUAGUUUCCUUGAUAAUGUAAGAGAGGAUGUUAAUAAUAAGAUGGCGAUAGAUCGUUGGUCAUUUCCCAAUUCAUCAAAAACACUAAUCCACCGAAAGUCAGAAUGGUUUGAUUUGAUAUUGAACAGAUUAGGCCGAAACGGUCAUCGUAUAUUGAUUAGUUCAUCUUCUGAUAUUAUUUAUCAUAAACAUAGUCCCCAUCUACUUGAUAUUAGUAAACUGCUGUUGUUGAAUAAUUUACCAACUGAGGAAAAUUAUGGUUCUUGGCUUAACGAUUUCUUUCAAACUGUUAGUCUCCCAUCACGUCAGGGUUGCUCGCCUAGUUUGUUAACAAAACCAUCAAAGAAACAACUUUUAAAGUUUUUAGAUCCGUUCGUCAUGCGUUUCGACGACGAAGACGAAUGGGACUCACUUAUCAAUGAUGAAGUUAUUGAAUGCCGUAUGUCCUCUGUACAACAGAAACUUCAUGAUAAAAUAUUGAGUACAAAAGCUGCUGAGAAUGCUCUGAAAACUGGAAAUCUAUUAGAUCUCUUACAAACAGUUUCAGUUGCUGUGCGUGCUUGCAAUCAUCCUUCUUUAGCUGGAACUCAUCCAAGAUCCUCACGAAUGUUUAGACAUACUUUGGAUAAUUUACAAGCUGGGGUCCAUGCUGUAAAUGGUCCGUAUGUAUUCAAAUCUCUACAAAAGAUAUGCGAUCCAAAUAAUCACUACUAUUCCAAUUGUGGUCUUAUGUUUAGCACUCCAGAGUCAGUUUUGUUGGGUGUUAAAUUACUUCGACAUACUGAAUUAUCUGACAUAACUUCCCAAUUCUUCAAUUUGUUCGAAGCUCUCAAACCAUCGGCUUAUAUUCGCAGUCGUAUCGCCGAUCUUACGCCUCAAUUCAGCCAGUUAUUAUCACCACCAAUUAAUCCUCAAAUGUUGAGUAAUAACAGAAAUGUUACUAUUUCGGAAAUUGUGUCAAACUCAGUGGAUUUUUCGCCAGAAUCUCAUAUUCCAAAUGGGAAUCUGGAAAGUAAUUACUUCAGACAGGGAAACCAGUUAACAAAUGGUUUUCCUCAGUCUCAACAUUUGGACUCUGAAAACUGUGUGGAUCCAGACAUUGAAAUUGUAAGUAUUCCUCAAAGACAGAAACGACAAAGAAGUUCCGUUGUCGAUCGGAAUUCAGUUUAUUCCAAACGACGUCGAGUGGAAGAGUACGGUUCUCGUCUUCCUUUUCUUGAUUACACUGAUAUAGGAUCUACUAGUUAUCAUAAGAGCUCCGACUGGUCGUCGAGUCACUUUAGUCUUAUUAGUGACCCAUAUAUGGCCCAUUCUGAUCAGUUUAGAAGUACAACAAAUGUGUCUAAUAAUCUCUCUCAUACUGUCAAUCAUAACAAUUCCUACAACUCAAAUGAUCAUUUAAACAAUAAUAAUAACAACAACAGUGAUAAUCAUUUAAAUGAAAAUGCAUAUCCUUGGCUAAUCGAUAACCAUCGUAAAUGUACUCAGCUAAUUGGUUUUGCUGAUUGGUGUUCCCAGGAUACAUGUGAUCUUCUACGCUUAGAUUUAUUAUCUGAUUAUACUACUUCAGAUUCCAAUGCUUAUUCCAAAAAUUCACAAUUUAAGUCUUACAAUGUUUACUCUUAUAAGAAAGAAUCCGAUAUAUGGAAUAUUGUUCUAAAUCAAUUUUCACAAUGGAAUAAUUUUACGAGUGCACUGUGUACGCGACCGCGUGUGAUUGCCACACCUGCCCGACUAAUAUCUCGUGCAGGACCUAUUAAUCCUUUGCUAUUGUUUGACAAAAAGAAAACAACUUCAUUAUUGUCCAAUCUAUAUUGUCCACAAUCAUCUUGGUCAUUUUCUAUGUAUCCAUCAAUUUUGCGUAUAAGUCAUACUUUCUAUCCUCUAACAGAACAAGCACGUUGGUUGACACCUUCAUGCUGUUCAAAGAUUGGAUUUCAUUCCUCAUUGUUGUCGUCAUUUAGCGGCAACUCUAAAUCAUCUAUCAGUCAGUUGUUACUAGAAUCAGGUAAAUUUUAUAAUUUACAUCAGAAAUUAACCAAAUUGCUUGGUGUAAAAUCUAAUAGUACUAAUACUACUACUAAUGGUAAUAAUAAUCAUCUUGAAAAACGUCCACGUUGUAUAUAUUUUAUAGCGCAUCAAACUGCUUUUCUCGAUUUAUUGGAAGCUUAUUUAUCAGCAUCAUCGUGGCGUUUAUUUCAUCGUGUACGUAUUCCAUCAAAUUAUAAAUCAGUUAAUGCUAAUACCUGGUCACUAAUUGAUUGUAUUAAUAGUUGGCCUCAAGGUACAAUUGGUCCACUAUUAGUACUAAUACAUGCACGAAGUCCAACUACAUCAUUAAUUAGUUUACGAGCUGAUUCAAAUGUACACAUUAUCAUAUGUGAUGUUGAUUGGCGAGUAGAAGUCACAGAUAAUUUGAAAGCCAUUAUUCAUAGUUGGAUAUUGAAUGGUUUGUCAUUUUAUCCUUCACCUUCUUCAUCAUUAUCAUCUAUUUGUUUUAAAAAUGAUAAAAAACAAAAAAUCAAUAUUUCUCGUUUAUUAUCAACUAAUGAUUAUAAUUAUUCUACACAUCGUAUUAGUGUUGAAGCAUGUUUAUUACGUGGUGUAGCAUGUCGUCUAUUACCUAGAGCUGUAUUUCAUGCACAUUCAACAACUCAUGUUAAUUGUCGUUCAUUAUUAUUUGCAAGAGUUCAACCAAAUGUUGUCAAUGAAUUAUUAUCUGGUAUAAUACAAAUUAAAAAAUUAUCAAAUCGUCAAUUAUUUAUACAACAAAAAAUUAAAUCAAAUGAAUAUGAACAUUUAGAUUUAUUUAAUGAUCGUAAUUUUUUUGGAUCUAUUCAUAAACAUGAUACAUUAUCACAUUCAUCAACAUCAUCUAUUGCUUCAUCAUUUUCAUAUAUUGGACAAGAAAAUCGUUUAAAUGAAUCAUUAAUUAAUAAUGAAAAAAUAAUUAAUGAAGAUGAUGAUAUAUUAUUAUUUCAUGAAAGAGAACCAUUAAGUGAACUUUUACUUCAUCAAGCAUUGGAACUUUUUGAAGACCCAAUCGAUACACAAGCAUGGUGUUGUACAAAUGCUGAAGAAUUAGCCAUUGUCAAUGAAUUUGUUUCUCAAGAUGAUGAUAAUGUAACAGAUGAUUUUCAUUAUUUGAUCGGUGAUGGUGAAGGUGACUUAGAAGAUGAUUUGAAUUAUAAAAUUUCUGAUGAAUUGGAUACAAAUUUUGUACAGUUAUCAGAUUAUAAUGAACGGAAAUCUUAUCAAGAUUGUCUAAUGAAACAGUUAGGUUAUACCGAUUUAAUUAGUUGGGAAGUUGCUAAUUAUGAAUUGUUAUCUCGUAUAUCACUACUUGAAAGUCAAUUAGACAAUGAAUCGAAUCAUGAUUGGUUAAGUUAUCAUAAUCAUCCUUCUCCUGUUAAUCAUAAUGAUGACAAUUCUCUAGUUGAUCGAAAUGAACAACAGCACUCACAACAUAUUAAAUCAUCUACUCCCGAUGUAAUAUCUUCUUACUCUCAACUUCCAAUUUGGUGUCCUUUCGAGUCAUAUCUAAAAAAUUUACAUUCAACAUCGGAUACUAAUGAGUCAAUGAUAAUGGUUGUUAAAGAUGAAUCUAAUCAUCUUUUAACAUCUAAUGAAGAUUAUUAUUUAUAUUCAAAUGAUGAUUGGGCUUCAGAUAGUGUUGGAUUUAAUUUCGGUUAUGAAAGUGUUCCAAUGACUGAAAGUGAACUACCUCCUUUGAUUAUACCAACGCCAUCUCCGGUUAUUCAAAACAACAAUAUUAGUAUUAAUAAUAAUAUUGUUGAUAGAAAGACAGGAAGACGUCGUCCUAUUAUGAAUCAUUCAUCUUUAUCAUCAUCAUUAUCUUCUAGACCAUUAAAUGAUAAUAUUAAUAAUAGUAUUGGUCAUGUUACAUCAUCAUCAUCAUCAACUUAUCGUAAUGGGUCUCGAUUAAAUAACAGAAAUCUUAAAAGACGAGCAUUAACUAGUCCAACAAAUUCACUUCCUCGUAAAAACAAUUCAUCAUCAACCGCUUCUUACUAUAAUACCUUUGAUGAAUCAUCAACUACACAUAUUACAACAAAUACGGGUUCAAAUUUAGCUUCUAUCGAAAAUGAAGCUCGAAGUCAAGAUGGUCGAAUGAUUGGUCUACAACAAUCACAUACACGUGACCUUUCGUCUACCGGAGUCACUAUUUCAUCAACAUGUUCCACUGGAAAUAAUACAGUAUCUCUUUCUCCUAUUUCAUCGAGUACAAAUAUAUAUACAAAUAAUUCAAUUGUUCUAUCAUUACAUUCUUCUAUAGGUAAUGCUAGUGGCAAUUCAGCUACUUCAAAACUACAUAUCCCACGAGCAUCCUAUAAUAAAGCAGUUACUAAUGCUCGUAUUCAUCGACUUCGUCGUAUAAAUAACACAAAUAUCGGGUCAAAUUCAGAUGUUGCAACGGUUGCAGCAGUAGCUUCUUUAGCCGCUGGUGCCCACUUACUUCAACAGCAACAGCAUGUGAAUACUGUAUCCAGUGGCUAUUCUGACCAUAAUCAUCAACAUUUAUCAAAUACUGUUAUGGCAGCAGCUGCCUUCAAUAGUUCAUGGAAUUCAGUCUUGACUAAUCCAUCUAUUCUAGCUCGCUAUGGAUAUACAUGUCAUGUUGGAUCAGUAAAUAGUUUACCUGGACGACAUCUUUCAUCACUUCAAAAUUAUUUGCAAACAACUAAUAAUUCUCAAUGUCACCCAUUGAAAUAUCCUGUCGGAGGCGGUGGUAGCAGUAGUGGGGCAACGUCAAUUGUAUCUGUAAAUAACAAUUCAUCAUCAACCAAUAACACAGGUCAGUUAAAUAAUGUAACACAAAUGGCUAAUCAGUUAUAUGUUGGUAAACCUCCUGAUUGGUUGAUUUAUGAAGAAGCAGCAUUAUAUUUAUGUAUCACAAAAUUACAAGAAUUGAACUUUGAAAUUAAUAAUCCAAAUUCUAAUUUGUCUACAUCUACACCAAAUUAUCGUUUUGCUGAAUUCUUCUUAAAUAACUAUUUACCUAAUCGAAGUUAUCGUGGUGCUAGACAAUGUUUAUUAGUUCAUUUUAAAAUGCAAAAUGUUGUAUCGUCUGCAAAUAUAACUACAUCAUCAUCAACAAUGUCUAAUAAUAAUAAUAGUAGUGGAAUUAAUGGAGGAGGAUGUUCAUUAAAUAUUCCUUUUACAUUUAAUCCAGAUGAUUUAUCACAUUCAAUUUCAGUGAAUCCAAUUUCUAGCUUACAUCAUCAUGGUCCUAGUAGUCGAAAAGUAAAAAAUAAGAUGAAAAGUGCCGCUGUAGCUGCAGCUGCUGCCGCCGCCGCUGCAGCUGCCACAUCUUCGCCUGUUAUUCCUGGCAGUGUCGGUGGAGCUCCUCAAUUCUGCAAUAACUUAAGUGGAGCGUCAGGAUCUAUGUUUGGUGUUGGAGGUGGCAAUGUCGGAGGCGGUGGAAAUCCAAGUGGUGCCGUUGCUGGUGGCGGUACUACUACAUCAACCGCAUCUGUGGCUGCUGCUCUGAAUCGAUGCAGAGGUUAUCUAUUUUAUCAGCAUUUACAAGCAUGGCUCAAUUUAAUGUUAUCAUUUGACCGUAACGAUACCAAUCAUACUAAUAUUACCACUGACUCCAGUAACAAUAUAUCAGCGCAUUUAUCGCCAAUCAUUCAUACUUUGAAAUUUGCUGAAGAUAGUCAAGCAUCAUUUUUACGCAAAGCUAUUCGAGAUACAUUAUCUGUACCGUCUGUCCAAAUCCCUCCUAUUUAUCGUUCAUCUGGAUCACGUAGAACUUGUGUUGUUGGUGGUGGUAGUAACAAUAGUAACAGUAGUGCUAGUGGAGGAGGAAAUGUAGGAAAUACAUCAUCAUCGUCAUUAUCAUCAACUGCCUCAUCAGCUCUAGGAUAUCAUCCGAAUACAAAUAAUAAUGCUAGUGGUAGUGGUUCUGGUACAUCCACUACACAUUAUAAUAUUCAUAACUCUGGACAACUUUCCUCUCAUAGUCUAACAGGUCAUUCCACUAUGUCUAAUACUCCUGCUUUAUUAACACAUCAUCGUUAUCGUCAUCAUAUGACAUAUGAUCAUGGUCAAAGUCAAAAUUCCAAUAUUACUACUUCUGAUCUAAAUCCAGCCUCUGGGUCAAGUACAGGUGUUGUUCAUAGUGGUCCAAUUAUUCAGAAGAAUCCUACACAUAUUGCUGCACUUCAAGAACAUAAUAUCAAUCCAGAUACACUAAUUACACCUGCAAUGGUAAUUAAAAAUAAAGAAGAACGUGAAGCUCGUCAACGUGCUGAAACCUUAUCAACUGCUAAUCAAGUUAACUUAUCGACUACUACUAUUUCUUCUUCUUCAUCAUUAUCAACUAAUUGUCAUAUUACUAAUUCAAAUUCAACAACUUCCACAGUUGGAAUGUUUCAAGGGGAUAAUACGUCAGAUUCAACGAAUUCACAACAAACUGAAAAUGUUUGUCUACAUUCUCACACAUCACAUCCAUCAUCAUUAUCAACAUCAUCAACAUCAUUAUCGGAUCAUGUAUAUAAAACAUCUACUUAUACAUAUUCUGGUCUUACUAGUAGUAGUGAAUCGUCAAUAUCCACAUUUAAUUUUCUUGGUUGUUCAACUACUUCUAGUUCUUUACCUACAACUUCAUCAUUUUCAAAUGGACGAACAAAUGCACAAUUGUCUUUUGCACAUAAUCUGUCCCAUCGAGGAAGUAGUGUUAUGUUACCAAUUCGUUCUGGGUUCUGUCCUAAUACCGUUACACCGUCAGGUUCCGUUUUAUCAUUUACCAAUCAACAGCAACAACCACAUCGUUUAGUUGGUACACAGAAUACUUCAUCAUCUUCAGUUGGUCAUUAUCAAUUUCAACCUCGGCAAACAUUAUUAAAUCCUUCAGUUGGUCGUCUUACCCAUUUAACUUCAGGUUCAUCAAUCGUUAGUACACCUCAUCUAACUGGUACUCAUCAUGUAAUACCUUCAGGAGUAGUUGCAUCAGUAUCAUCGUCAUCAUUAACAGAUGAUAGUGGAAGUACACGAAGUGUAGAUUUGAAUUCUGGUAGUAUUUUAAUUCCUGGCAACUGGCGUACAGCAACGAAUCCACGUUCACUUAACGUCCAAACAAUUGUUUCAUCCACACCUACCGUUCUUCGACGUUCCGCUACAUUUACCGGCAUUGGUUUAAGUAAUCAAUCAACCAGUGGACUUCAGACUUGUCGAUUGAAUCCUACAUUGUCUAAUAUUUCACAAAGUCUAUCAACCACUCCAUUCACUGGUACAUAUCUAAACACACAAGUUACAAAAAUUCCGAAUUCCUCUUCUUCAACAGGACAAUCUAGCUUUUAUAUACAUCAACGUCCACAAUUUCUGUCUAGUACACAAACAUCUGGUUCUUCAUCUGGACAUGGUGUUCUUGCCACACCAUCGAAUAUUGCUGUAAUUCCUGGUGCAUCAAAUAAUUAUUCAUCAUCUGUUACACAUAUACCUCAAAUUCUUCGUCCUAGAAAUAAUGCUCUUCGUGGUUCAAUUGUUCAACCAACAUUUGUACGAACAUUCUCAACUGCCGGUGUUAGUGGUACAAGUGGUUCGGUUAUACCUGUCCCGGUAACACAACAUGGAACUCGUUUAUCACCGAAUGUAGUUGGUGGUGUAACUACAACAAGUAUGCUUCUUGGACGUGUUGCUACACUAAAUGUUUCUUCGAAUAAUCCAUCCGUUUCUAGCAUUCUUAAUGCUUCACGUACUGGAACACAACGUAGUGUAUCACCAACUGUUUUUCAGUCGUUACGAACAUGUAUUUCUGGUGGUGCUGUAAACUCUGUUGGAAAUGAACAACAUCCAUCCAACAACAACAACAGUGGUGGCAGUAGUAAAUAAUAAAUUGAAAUAUUACCAUCUUUUUGACCUAAACUAAAAGGGGGUAACACUUAAUUAUUUAUUUAUCCGUUGUACAUUAAUAACUCUCAUGCAGUCAUUCAUUUCUGUUAUAUUAAUUGUUUAUAUAUAUGUAAAAGGGGUAUCAUAUUUUCGAAUUAAAGUGUAACCUAAUAACCAGUGAUCAAUGAAGAAUCCGUACUUUUUUUCUUGAUUAUCUGAGAAAAAUAUAGUCAGAGUUAUUGUUGUGGUUUCUCUCUUUCGCUCUCUAAUUAUACAACCUAGAAAAAUAACAUUGAACUAUCAUCUAGAAGUUAUAUUGUAUUUACUAUGUAUUUAUGUUCACUUUCACAAACACACACACACAUGUCAACAUGAAUUGUUUAUGGCUCUCAUUCUAUUUCUUUGUUAUUUCCUCUUAAUUCUAUAUGAUUUCUUGAUCAUCUGUGUUAUAUAGUCCAUAUGUAUAUCCUCUGGCUUAUAGUAUCAAUUAUUUUCAUUGUUAUUCUUUCCAUUUCUUUCAUUGUGCAAAGUUCUGUUCCAUAAAUUGUUAAAUUGUAUCUGCAUUUUUGUUUGUUCGCUUAGCCCAUUGUAAAAAUAUAUGUAUACGUAAACUUCAA